UCUGUCGUUACUUCCACUUCUGGAUCUCUCAUUCAGGCUAGAAAGCGAGUGCUGUCGCAAUACAGAGACUGGAUUCGCUCGUCUCCAACCAUUGUCGACAUCUACAAAUUGGAUAUUACAUCUAGGACAUUGCGUGCUCGUAUUCGUCAAGAGUUUGAAAAGCACCGCUUUGUCACAGACCUGCAAGUGAUUGACAUUUUACUUUUCAAAGGCCGUACAGAAUACGAGGAAACAAUGAAUUUCUGGAAACAAAAGAGUCAUGUUAUGCGGUUUUUUAGCAACGAUCCUUAUCAAACUACCAAG